AUGAAGGGCUGGAGGCUCUCCCAGCCAGCCCCUCGCCAUGAAGGGCUGGAGGCUCUCCCAGCCAGCCCCUUGCCCCCAGACCCCUUCCACCCGCUACCCCUCCCCCAACUCGCCCCCAGACCCCUUCCACCUGCUACCCCAGCCUCCACCUCCUUGGCCAUCUUUCUCGUGUGUGGCGGCGCCCAUGUCAGAGAGUGUGGGGAGGAAGCUCCAGCCCCGGCAGCCGUGACCCCGGAGUCCCCGCGGGGACCCCCGACCCACACCAUGGGGCCCCCAGCCCACCUGGUGAAGCUAGCGAUGGCCGACAUCCUGCUGUCCUGCGCCCAGCACGGUGAUAUUUCGCUGCCACGCCCCUCUCUCCACAGUUGCCUGACCACAGACUGGGUUCACCUCUGGUAUGUUUGGUUGCUGGUGGUGACGGGCGCGCUGCUGCUGCUGUGCGGCCUGACCUCCGUGUGCUUCCGGUGCUGCCUGAGCCGCCGGCGGGGCCCGGAGGACGGCGGCCCGCCGCCCUUCGAGGUCACGGUCAUCGCCUUCGACCAGGACGGCUCGCUGCAGAACACCAUCUCCUAUUCAUGAAGGGAUCCGAGUCUCUCGGGGAGUUUCCUU